AUGAAGCCAGCAUUUGCAGCUCUUCUACUUGUGUGUCUUAUUAUCUCCUCAUCUAUGUUUGAAAUCACAGUACUUGGUGUUGAGUUGCAAUACAAUAGCUUGGACAUAAAUGAUAAGCUUCUAUUGGAGCUUCAAAGUAUUGGACUUGACCUAGAACCAGUGUAUGAUUAUUACUGCUUUUUUUUAAUGCCUGAAAUGGUGCAAGAAGAUGAUGAAGCCAUAUUGGAGGAUAUUACUAGGUUAGAAGAGUUGUACCAAGGACAGGUUUCCAAUAAGAGAAACUUGCUAGAUGGAUUGUUGAAAUCUGCAUCCGCCGCAAAAGAACUUGUAGAAAAGGAUUUUGACCAACGUGCUCUUGAUCAACUUGUUGUUACAGCUUAUGAGAAAUACACGGUACUGUAA